GCUGGCCACGCUCCCCUCUCCAGUCCACUGCUGGCCCCAGGCGGGAACCGCCCUGGCCCGAGGCUGUGAAGACAUCUCCACUCCCUGGAACAAGACCAGCCGGAAGUUGGCCGCACGGCAGUCAUCCGGGGCCCAGCAGGGCCACUGCCCCAGAAGCAUGAUCAGAGGCGACAGGCCGAACUCUCAGAGAGUGGGGACGCAGGUCACCUUCAGAUCAAGUUAGUCCUCUUGGGAGACACCGGAUGCGGUGACCGCCGGACCCCCUCGACGACCAAGGAGCAAGCCAGGAUGCUGGAGCCCACCAGCCUCCCGCCCCGGGCCACACGACAUCAGGGCUGCUGCCGGCGUCGCUGUGAGACCAUGGCCACACUCCUGCACGUGCCAGCCCGCCAUGUGGAGCUGCCCGCUCAACGGCACCGGGGGCGAGGACCCGCUGCCCUGCCUGCACCUCCAGAGGGCGCUGUCCGCGCUGUCGCUGCUCUACCUGCUGAGCGGCGUCCCCCUCGGCCUGGGCUACAACGCGCUGCUGCUGCUGGCCAACCUGCACGACCCCGGCGGCAUGACCAUGCCCGACGUCUACUUCGCCAACAUGGCGGCGGCCGGGCUGCUGCUCUGCGCCCUGGCGCCCGCGCACCUGCUGGGCCCUGGCGCAGCCGGCGGGGCCGCCUGGGACCUGGGCAGCGAGGUGCACGUCUCGCUGCUGGUGCUGUUCAACGUGGCGGCGCUGGUGACGCUGUACUCCACGGCGCUGCUGGGCCUCGACUGCUACAUCGAGCGCGCGCUCCCGCGCACCUACAUGUCCAGCGUCUACAACACCCGGCACGUGUGCGGCUUCGUCUGGGGCGGCGCCCUGCUCGCCGGCUUCUCCUCCCUGCUCUUCCACAUCUGCAGCCACGUGGCCGCACGGCUGGUGGAGUGCUCGCGGAUGCGGGACGCGGCGGCGGACGACGCCAUCAUGCUGCUCGUCGGCUACCUGGUGCCCGGCCUGGCCGCGCUCUACGCGCUCGCGCUCCUGGCGCGGGUCCGCAAGGAAGACACGCCGCUCGACCGGGGCGCGGGCCGCCCAGACCCCUCAGCGCACAGGCUGCUGGUGGCCACCGUGUGCGCGCAGUUCGGGCUCUGGGCCCCCCACUACCUGACGCUCCUGGGGCGCACGGUCCUGGCGGCGCGGGGGCAGGCACUGGACGGGCACCACGUGGGGACGCUACUCCUCGCCCAGGACCUGUCCAGGCUCCUGGCCUUCGCCAGCAGCGCUGUGGUGCCGCUUCUGUACCGCCACCUCGACAGAAACUUCCCCGGCAAGCUGCGGCGGCUGAUGAAGAAGCUGCGCCGUGGGCACCAGAGCUGCUCCCCGGACCAAGAGGGGGCGCAGCCGGUGACGGCAUAGACGCUGCUCCACGGGCACCGCCGCGGGCGGGGCGGGCCGCACUGGCCGGAAGCGCAACGCGCGGUGAUCAGUCCCCUGUGCCCAAGGCUCGCUCCCUCCUCUCAGGCAUCCAGGAGACAACGCUGACUCCAGCCCCUGCUCCCUCGCCCCUGGAGACAAGGCAGAAUCAGGCGCAGCCCCGUGGAGUUCCCCAGGUGCCUGGUGUAAGGGUGAGCCGUGUCCUCGGUACCCGGCUGCCCUCGGGUGUGCUUGCCUCCCACACCCACCUUUCAGGUCCACGCCCGCGACAGCCUGCU